UAUCAUCAGUAUCAUUAGUUCAGUAAGUACUUAAUACGUAAUUACGUGUCGAAAAAUAUGUUCAGAAAACAUCGUGCAAAACACCCUAAAGUAUUACAGAAUAACGAGUUAAAAAGUGAAAGAGACAGAGUGCCAGAAUCGCCGGUUACGCCGGUAUCGAAAAAUUCUCUGCAAUUCUACUGCCAGUUAGCCCAUGGCAGUCCAACUGGUUUCGUAUCUGGUUUCACUAACAUCAAGGAAUUAUACGAGAAAAUCGCCAAAUCAUUCGGUAUUCCAGCUUCAGAAAUAUUAUUUUGUACGUUAAAUAGCUACAGAAUCGAUAUGUCGAAAUUAUUAGGAGGGCAAAUAGGGUUAGAAGAUUUCAUUUUUGCCCAUUGCAAAGGUAGACCUAAAGAAGUCGAAUUAACGAAAACAGAAGAGGCUCUAGGUCUAACAAUAACCGAUAAUGGAGCUGGUUAUGCUUUUAUUAAAAGGAUAAAAGAGGAUUCUAUAAUACAAAACAUACCGGUGAUAAAAAUCGGAGACCACAUCGAGAAAUUAGACGGAAUCAGUAUGGUUGGAAAACGACAUUUCGACGUUGCCAAAGCUUUAAAAAAUAUCCCUAAAGAUACGACGUUCACCAUACGACUCGUGGAACCUUUACAAAGCGGUUUCGCGUCUAUAGCUCCGAAGUCAUCUAAAGGAAUAGCUGGUAAGAAAAAUGUCGGUAGUGGUAAAGAAACUUUACGAUUCAAAGCCAAUGGUAGCGCGGAAAUUCAAGAACAAGACGAUAUCAUGGACAUCGGUUUGGAGAAAAUCAACGGCGUUUUAGAAUCUUUUCUAGGAAUCAACGAUUCAGAACUUGCAGCUCAGAUAUGGGACAUGUCUACUAAUAAACAAAACUCCAUGGACUUUGCCGAAGCUGUUGACGAUUCCGAUUUAGCCAGUUUCCAGUUUACCGACGAUGUUAUUAUAGAACUGUGGGGCGCGAUCACAGACGCUCGACAAAAAAGGUUGUAAUAUUAUAUAUUUAGAAUUAUUUAUAUAUUUAUAAUUAUUAAAUGUAAAUUAUUGUAGUAUUUCGAUAUUGAUAAUGACAGAUGACACUUUUGAAUUGAUUCUAAAACGUUUUGUUGAGAACAUAACCUCAAAAAGUACUUGUAUAUCGUAGUUAGUGUACUUCUAUAUCAUUCUUUAGGUAUCCCAUCACCAUGGGAUAUUUGUUUUUACGUUUUUACGUCUUACAUCCUGAAUAACUUCAUCAUCACGGUACAAGGAUCAAAAUCAGCUGAUUUUGAUAUAAAUUUGACAUUGUGUUGAAAUUGCUUAUUAUGUUAUCUCAAAAAAUAAGGUUAGGUACAUUAUUAUAGACUUAAAAGUGACGUUUUUUUGUUGUUACUCUGAAAAUUUAAUUCUUAAUAACAAAUUCACGGUUUUUUUUGAAACAAUCUCAUUUUUUAUAGAACACUAUUAACCUGAGAAAAUCUACUAAUACAUUUUCUUGUAGACAAUUGAAUUCUAUACGAAAUUUUUUUUGUAAAUCGUAUUCACGUAAUUAUAAACAAACAAUUCGAAUUUUUUUUUAUAUUGACCUUGUUACGAGUAAUCUAUUUUUGACAGAUGAAACUUUCAAGGUCAUGUUUAGAUAGUCUACAUAACUAACAAAAGUUAAUGAGAAAAUGGCAGUACAAAUAGUUUGAAAAAUUGUAACUAAUAUAGAGAUUUAAUUUGAUUUUAAAUGUCGUUAUACGAUAAACGACGUUUACUUUGUUUAUUUCUUUUGUACCAAUACCAAACAAUUUUAAACGAAGCUCAACUUUUUCGCCGUUUAAUUUCAAGUUUAAUAAUUUGUGAGGUUAUGUAACAUUUUGAUUACUUUGAAUUCAGCGCCUUGUUAAAUUUUCUUUUACGUUUUGUAUUGAGGACGACUUAAUUAACGAUGAUAUAAUGAUAAUAAUGGUAAAUCAAAAUUUUCUACUGAUUUUUUUCCCUGAACAAUCGAUUUCAAAUGAACCCAUAGAGAAAAAUCUAGAUAUGAUAAGUCAUGUUCUUUUUAAAUAGAACCAUCUGCUAUUAAAACCAUCAUUAAAUCACGAUCUAUUUUUCCAAAGUUCUUCAUUCUCAAUCUUCUUCUUAACCAUAAUAUUUUGGUACAGUCAUUGAAGCACAAAUAUGCGAGAUUGACGUUUAAAUCGAGAUCCUUCGAAGUAUGAAAGAAAAAAAAUGAAAUUUGAUAGUAUUGUGGAUUUAAAUUUAGUUCUAUUGUAUUUUUUAUAUCUAAAUAAACUCGAUCAAGGUAAAA